UUAAUAUUUGUUACUUCCCCUUUAUACAAAAUCUCCAUUUGUAGUCGUAUUAAACAAAAAACAAAACUUGGCAAAAGUUGUUUAAUUUGCUGCCUAAAAUUAAACAAUAAGACGUCUCACAAAGUUUCCGUUCAGGCAGUUGGUUACAUGAUGAGCAAGGAUUUGUUUGAUGCACAAAAGACAAAUUGCCUGUCAGCAGUAGAUUUAAGUAGGAAAGGCUCAAUAGAUGCUCCCAUCAUUGACCUGGUGGCAUUUAUAAAUAACCAGUCAAACUAUUUUACCACCAGUUCAUGCUCUGGAAGAAUCAUUGUGGUUGACAAUGAUGUUGAUGGAAGCAUCAAGAAACAGGGAUGCAAAUGGGUUCUAACAUCUCAUGAUACCAUAACAUGGCAGGAACUUCAAGACAAACUUAAAACUAUUGAAGGAAAUGCUGUAUUCAAGUUUGAACCAUUUGUUAUGCAUGUACAAUGUAGGACUUUGGAGGAUGCUCAAUUGAUGUUGAGUACAGCUGUUGGGUCGGGAUAUAGAAAUUCUGGUAUCAGUGUUGGUAAUAAAGGGAAGUUUAUUACAGGUAUACGAAGCACACAUUCCAUGGAAGUGCCGUUAUCGUGCAAUGGUCAGUUGUUAGUCUCAGUCCAGUACCUCGAGUUCAUUGUGGGGAUUGCCAACGGUAAAAUGAAAGACAAUUUUGAGAAAAUCAACAGGUUUUUCAAAACAUUGAAGUCAUCAAUUGAGCAGUCUGCCUCAGAUAUACACAAACAGAAGAGUAAAGGAAAACAGGAUCAUUGCAAAAAGUUGGCACAAAAACUUAAUACGUCUGAUGAUAAAACUGUUCCUGCAAGCCAAAAAGAUGUGGUUUUAGAAAGAAAUGAUUCUUUGGAAGACUUGUCACAGUGUGCUUUAUUUUUAUGUGAACUUGACACUUGAAUGUGACCUUGACUCCUGAAUGUGACCUUGACACAAGAAUGUGACCUUGACCUCCAUAUUUGGCCAGAGAAUCCAUUGAACUAUGUUGUGUUACAGCGUUCUUGUGAUAAUAUGAUAAUAAGGGAAAAGAUCUUGGUUUUGAGUGCAUUGAAUAAUAUUGCACAGUAUGGAAUUCAUUUUGGCAGUAAUAUAUUCGCUAAGGCUGUAGGAGGGGAAUUUUGUGUAGGUAAUGGUGGAGUUGAUAGUAACGGUUAAAAAAGCUGUUCAUAUCUGCAAGUAAAAACUGUCAAUAUUCCUCUUUGUGCAAAUAUUCUGAGAAUAGAAUUUUUAAAAAUG